AACGGCAGCAUGGACGACAACAACACGCAAGCACCCAUUCUGCUCGGUCUGGGCGGCACGCUGCUCUUCAUUUCCAUCUGCUUGCUCGCCGCGAGGUUGUGGUCGAGGCUGAGGCCGACGUAUCGGUUGAAGCUGGAUGACUGGACUGUGUUAGGAGCUACGGUCCUCGCCGUAGUCCAAUACUUCAUCCUCGCGGUCUCCGUGGUCUUCGGCCUCGGCCGCCACGCCCGCUUCGUCUCCUUCUCCCGCCGCUCAACCUCCCUCCGCCUGCUCUUCAUCUCGCAAGUCUUCUGGUACUGGUCCAUCACGCUCGUGAAGCUCUCCGUCGCCCUUCUGCUGCUCCGCCUCAAGCGCACCCGCCCCUGGCGCCUCUUCCUCUACUUCCUCAUCACCCUGACCAUCGUCGCCGGCCUCGUCCAAACAGCCUUCCAGUUCCUGCAAUGCCGCCCCUUCAGCGUGUACUGGGACCCGGGCGUGUUCCGCAAGCAGAAAGUAACGUGCUUCAAGCGCGCCGUUAUCAACGGGAACAUUGUCACCUUCUCGGCCAUCCAGGUCGGCCUAGACAUCGUCUUUAGCUUCAUCCCGAUCACCUUCAUCCGGAAGCUGAACCGCCCGCGGCGCGAGAAGAUCUUCAUGUGCGUGCUCAUGGGCCUGGGCCUCUUCGCCUCCUGCGCAGCUAUCAUCCGCACCAUGACCCUGCAGGGCUUCUACACCAGCCGCGACAUCUUCCGCACCAACGUCACGAUUGCGCUGUGGGCGGUCCUGGAGCAGCAGUUUGCGCUCAUCGCCGCCACCAUACCCACACUCAAGGCGUUCAUGGAGCGCACGCUCGUGCGCAUCGGCCUGUUUUUCUACGACGAGGGCAGCGAGACCCAGGUCCGAGAGCGCCUGGUGCUGUUUGGCUUGCUG